UUUAGCACCAAUAUCACAAUCGAGAAUCAAAUAUACCAUGUCCUCAUGGAAAAUAUACCAAUAGCUUUCUGCCCAGAUUCAACAGCAGCCCUCACAGAUCCUAAAAAGAAAGCCAGCAUCGCACCGAAGAGCAUCCUGAAAGCAAGAUACAUCAAGCCCAUUGUAAGAAGAAACCCAAAUGAGGGAACAGCUCAUGUAAUGAAACUCCUACCCAAACCAUCUAGAUGCCUCAAGUGUCACUCUUAUGAUGGCAGCCACAUGGCAACCUGGGCCAUGCUACUUGGAGUUGCAAGUGCCCAACAUUCAAAGACAAAUGAAAAGCUCACAUGA